GAUUACAUCACUUUAGCAUUUUAUUUUUAAGAUGGUCGAUAAUAAAACAUGUCGAUAAUACUCUAUUUAGUUUAUCUUUGUGGAGUGUGUUAAAGAAUUUAUGUUGAUCUUAAUAGACAUAGCUAGACAAAUAUUGUACCUUACCAUUUAUAAGUUUUGUUUUAGAAGUGUUGUGUUAAGGCAUGCAAUAGUGCAACAUGCACCCAAAGGAUCAAGAAAUUGCUGACUGUAAAAGGAAAAUUGAGCAUUGUGAAAGAGAGGCUAGAUCUCUGCUGGAGAAAGAAGCACGCGAUUUUGAAGACAUUGCACAGUCCAUUGAACGGGAAACCAAUUGGAACGUUGCAAAAAUCUUCGCUGGAUGUAUAGGGAUCGUUGUAGGCACUGUUCUGAGCCAAGUUUCUUAUGAAGCCAGUUUGGUAUUAACACUUGCUGGUUGGGCAUAUGCUGGAACGAAUCUGAGCAGCGCUGUUGAAUGUAUGCGAGCAGCGAAAGUCGCCAGAAAUAAUGCCGAAGAGAAGCGGGCUGAAGCUGCGAAGCUUCAUUCAAGGCUGACGAAGCUUUUAAAUUGAACAAUAUGUGAGAAACGAUUUCGAUGUCAACGUUUUAACGUUGCGAAGAAUACUGACAACUCUAUACUUAAGAGAUGUUCUCCAAAAUACUUCCUAAAUUUCAUUUGUUUACUGUUAGCCAUAUGCUUGUGUUAUUAUUUAGAUCUAGUUAUAAUUUUAUGGUGGCAAGUACUAUGUAUAAUGACUAAUUACGAAUCAGAGUCUGAAAGUAUUGACUGUUUUCGUUUGCUUGUCCAUUAUUCCAUUCAUGCUAUUAUAUAGAAUUACUCUCUUAAUAUUUAAAUUGUGUGACCUAAUCGAUUAAUAAGUUCAUUUUGUUUGUAGUGAUUUGCAUUUAUAAAAUUAUGAUCUGUACAAUCAAUGCAUAAUUCCUGUUGUUUGUUUAUAAAAUGUGUUGAAAAACAGACGAACAAAUACAAAUCAUUUAAGAAAUACAAUUUUUUAAAAUUGCUACCAGGGUGUACUUGUUUAACGCAAUUAAAUAAUCAAUUGA